GUGUUGGAUGCAGAAUCCGGAAGCGUCUGUAUCCACAGCGAGAGCUCGGUGAUGUGGCGACGGUCGACGCUUGGCUGAUGAAGUUUGUCUAGGUGCUCCGUAACUUGGCUAACGACAGGUAGCUAACUGAAAUAUGGCAGAUCCAAGCAAGCAAGAGAUUGCAACCAUCUUCAAACGGCUGCGCUCAGUGCCCACGAAUAAGGCAUGCUUCGACUGCAAUGCUAAGAAUCCCAGCUGGGCCAGCAUCACCUAUGGAGUCUUUCUGUGUAUUGACUGUUCUGGAACACAUAGGUCUCUUGGUGUGCACCUGUCCUUCAUCAGGUCUACAGAGCUGGACUCCAACUGGUCCUGGUACCAGUUACGCUGCAUGCAGGUGGGGGGGAACGCCAACGCGAUGACCUUCUUUCAUCAUCACAACUGCACAGGGGCUGCAGCCAACUCCAAGUACAACAGCAGAGCUGCACAGCUCUACAGAGAGAAGGUCAAGACCCUGGCCACUCAGGCCACCAGGCAACAUGGCACAGAGCUGUGGCUGGACAGUCAGGCACCCCUCUCUCCUACAUCACCUCAAAAGAAGCAGGAGGACUUCUUCAGCCUGGACGCACACCUUGAACCUGGUUCAUCUCCGGCGAGCCUAGAUCUCACGACAGCAGAGCAGACCAAAGGGCAGGAGAUCCCGGGAGCAGACGAUGGAGGACCAGAGGAGGGCCCAAGUGUGGAACUGCUCAGUGUCUCUCCCAAAGCUGCUUUGGCAGACUCAUCUUCCAUCUUGCAUAGUAAAGAGCCCUCUCUCAUCAGGAAGAAGCCGGGUCCGGCUAAGAAAACGCUCGGCUCAAAGAAGGGAGGCUUGGGGGCUCAGAAGGUGAGCAGUAAGAGCUUCUCGGAGCUGGAGAAACGCGCACAGGCCGUGGACAAACAACGGGAGCGCGACGAGGUCGUGCAGAAGCCCAGCGAGUCGGAGGAACCCAUGGCGUCCUCCCUGCGGCUGGCCUACAAGGACCUGGAGGCGCAGCGUAAGAAGGAGGAGCAGCAGUUGAAGAACAUGGAGGGGAAGAAGAAGGAGCAGGCCGAGAGGCUGGGGAUGGGCCUGACCGGCCGGAGCGGCGUGUCUCACUCGGUGCUGUCCGACAUGCACACCAUCCAGCAGGAGUCCCCCGCCGAGGCAAAGUCGUCCUGGGGCAGGAAGUACACGGCCGAGGACGACGGUGAAGACGAAGGCUCCUUCUCUUCAAAGUUCUCAAAAAUGUCCUCGAGAUACACCGAUGAGUUUUCCGAACCUCCCGGAAAGUUCUCCCAGUGGGGGGAGAGCAGAGGGUCCUCUGGGAAGCAGGAGAGCCUGAAGCCAGAGCCAGACUUCUUCCUCAGCUCAAAGACAUCAUUUGAUGAAAGGACGACGAGACGAAAACACGAACUGGAGCCCAUCUCUUCCACGGAUGACGCUCAGAAGAAGUUUGGCAACGCCAAGGCCAUCUCCUCCGACAUGUUCUUCGGGAAGCAGGACGACUCGGAGUAUGAGACCAGGACUAGACUGGAGGGGCUCUCUGGCAGCUCUGCCAUCAGCUCAGCCGACCUGUUCGACGAGCAGAAGAAACAGACAGGGUCGUACAGCCUGACGAACGUCCUGCCCAAUGCCCCUGACAUGUCUCAGCUCAAACUCGGGGUCCGGACCGUCGCAGGCAGGCUUUCCGUUAUGGCCAGCGGGGUGAUGUCAUCCAUCCAGGACCACUAUAGCACUUGACUGGCCAUCGCACCUGUGGUUUAGCAGAAGUGCAGCUCAGCACGCGUGUUGUACAUAUCUCUACCGCGGUGGGAUCUUUCCUCUGCAAGGUGUACGUCUGAAGGAAAAGACUCGCAUCUCAGCAGCAGUUACAAUGAAGAUUUUUUUUUUUUCCCUGUACACCGAAGCUUUUUUUCUGGUAUGUGGUUUUGUGUAAUCUUGAAACUGAGAUAUUUCAAAAUGUUUAUUUAGGACCGGUUCAAGAGCUCUGGUGUCGCCUAUUGUAAAAGCGGACUUUUGCACUGCCUGUCCUGACAAAGGGAAGAACGAAUUUUUGAGGCAAGUUUUACUGUGGCUUGCUGCUUUAGCAUUUUAUUUUGGAUUUGAUGCAAAGAAUCAGAUGUAUAUGUCUGUAUAAAUUUCACAAGAGGUGAUCUCUGAGUUUUGCUGCUUCUUUGCAAAUAUGAGGCUGGAUUAAAUAUUAAAUGAAUAUUAAAGAUUAAAUAUAAUGCUUCACAUUACUGAAAAGGCCUUAAAUCAGCCUUAAAGGUCAUAUUCUAGCCUCAUUCUGAAUGAUCAGGUUACUCUAACCCACAGCUGGCCUUUGUGUCAAAAUUGAGGCAAAAGAGGCUUUGCUUGCUUGCACCCAGAACUGCUUUUAAAUUGCCCCUCAAAGUGACCUUAAAAUGGCAUGCUGACUAUCACAGCUAUCCUUUGAGUAUGCUGGAGGCUCUGGCAGUGGCAGGACUGUAGUAAAUAAUUUGCCCAGCAUUCAGAUCCACUCAAACUGAUAGUGUAGACUCUUGAUCAUCUCUCUCUCACAGAUCUUGCUCUGCAUGGGUGAACGCACCGCUAAACACGCAUAGCAGAGGGCAUUUUGGGAAAUGUAUUGUGGAGGAAAGUCCAUGCUAUACUUGUUCUUUCUGACUUUUUGCAGAAGAGCAGGUUCUACCACAUUUCUUUAUAAUGUAGCGGUAGUGUGUCCUCUGAUGUGGAGAGGAUAUUUGCUGUGGUUUGAGCGGAGUUAUUUCUGCUUUGAGUGGUGGUCUGAAUGUAGCCAUUUCAACAGUGUACCUGUGUGGUGUGUUUUAUCUUGGUUUUACAACACUAAGUGCACAGAGCUACUUUGAUGUUGAGUAGCAAUUUCAAUGAUGAAGUAGACAAUCAUUUUCUGAUCUUGAGCUAUUAAUUCCCAUGAGAAAGCAUUAUUAGACUGUUUGUUUGGCCAAAAUUGGGGGGGAAAACAAGGCAUUCAACCAAUGCAUCACACUGCCCAGAACAAUAUAAUCAAUGCACUUUUCACUUAGAAUAAUUUUAGUCCCGAUAUCUUUAUUGCGCAUUCCUCAGCUGGUUAGGGAGUCUGAUAACUUGUCACUGUGGAAAUUAGUUAUUGAGCCUUACAUAGUGGAAUUCUGUGAGUGUCUUCAUUAAUACUAGCAUUUCACAGUUAAUAUCUUGCUAUAUCAGCCAAAAAUAUUUUUGCACAAUCCUCAUGAUUUUAUUUUGAUGAGGUUUAUUCAAGUUGAUUAUUCGAACUUUAGUUUAAUCAGAUUUACAACUGCCGCCUUUUCUGCUUUUUUAAUGUAUGCUGUUGGGGAUGUGUGCUUCAGUAUGGCUUGAAGCUUCUGCAUGCACAAUUCACGCGUGAAGGCUUGAGCACAGAAUCAAGUGGCAUUAAGUGGCCACUGGAGGGCAGACAUACACAGAGCCAUGCGAUCUGCAGUCUAUAAGAUCUGUGUAUCUAUUGCUCUGGCCAUAUUUCUGUAUCAUCUAUUUUCCAGGUUUUCGUGGAAAAUUACCUCCAUGUUUAGAGAUAAAAUAGAAAUAAAAAUCCAAAAAAAAGAAAGAAAGAGAGCACUCUAUGAAAUCCAAACCAUUCCAAGGCCAAAUUGUGUCGCAAUUUCGACAAAACAAUGAAGAUAAGGUGCCUUCAUUCGGAGAGUAUGGUGGUUGUGAAAGGCCCUGUGCGAUCACUUCUUUAUUCAGCAUUGUAAUUUAUGUAAUUAAUUGCAUUAUAAUUCGAAAUGGCAAUACCAAAUCCUCCUGUAGGGGCAAUAUAAAAACUUAGUUGCUUUCAGGGUUAAAAAAAAAAUCUCAUGUUGAAUCUCAACUGAAUAAAGUAGGCUUAGCCUUCUUUACGUAUACCAAUUAAAGACAUUCGAUUGCACGGAGUCUUUAAUAAAAGCUACAUACAUGCGCAUACAUCGUUUUGCUGGAAUUCAAAUUUUUAUGUAGGGUGAAUUCAGGUCCCAAAUUACCUGACUUCACCCUACUCAUGUACAGACUAAAGCAAGCUUGAAUUUAUAUAUGCUUUUGUUGCACAGUAUAGGGAACCACGCAUCAGUUAAGCACAUGGAUGAAUGGGCUAAGGUGACUGUAGUACUGCAUCACAAUCUGAGACAGCCAGUUGACUGUGUCCAAAAAAUAAAAACUGCCAGCUCAAAUGUUGAAUAAACUGUUGCUCCCCUAAA